UUUAUAAAAGAAAGCAGUUCUUACAAAAGUAAAAUUUUAUUAUCUUAUGUUAUAUCUAGAAGUACUAACGUUAUCAUAUAAAAGAAAUAAAAUAAACAAAGAUAACGCUAAAAAUAAAUUACUUCCGGAAUCGGUGAAAUCCUUUAUUUUUCGAUGGACCAUCCGCAUUGGAGUGACGCCACAGUGUAAAAAUGACAAGAAUAUUAAAAAAAAAAAUAAGCAACAAAAUAAUAAGUCUUGAUUUAUUUUAUCACGUCAUGGUUACAAUUUAUUAGAAUUCGUUUGUAUAGUCAUAAAGUGUGGCAAAGGGAAAUAACCCAGUCGACUAAUAGGUAUAAAGGAAAAAACAGAAAUUAUUAUUUCCAUUAAAUAUGAAAGGAUAACGUAUUGCAGUUAUUUUGAAGAAAUACCUGUAUAUACUUUUAAAUUCAAAUCAUAAAUUGUUGACAGCCAUGGAAAGAAAGAUAAAGACGACAAUUUUUUUAUCAUUAUUAGUGGCUUGUGGCGCAGAAACACGAAUGAUUAAUGAAAGUUGUUAUGGUGGUUUUAAAAAUGCUAAAAAAGAAGUGUUGAAAAAUGAUAUAAGCAGCCCAUAUCAAUUGGCAAUUGAUUACGACACAAAUACUCUAUUUUUUAGUUACACCCGGGAAGACAGCGAAAAAUCAACAUUUGAAUCUGCGUACAUUAAUCUGAAGACUAAUGAAUUUAAUAUUAUAAAAGGGAUUAAGGGUGGGUUUGCAAAUGCAAUAGACCAAGAAAAUCAUAUUGUUUACUUAGGUGGAGAGAACGGAAUAUAUAAAUUUGACUAUAAAACAAAUUUAGCAAAGCAUAUUGACGGGACCAGUGGUAAAAUUUGGCAAAUGUUCUUCAAAAAAUACCUUUAUUAUACAACGUAUCCAGAAGAAGAAGUUUACAUAUUUAAAAAUGGCCAGUCUUAUAAAGUACCUCAACUAAGUCAUACCAGAGGAAUGCUGAUCGCUAUAGAUAAUGCUGAUAACAUUUAUUUUUCAAACUCAUCAGGACUAUUUAUCUGUGCAGACAUAUCUAAUAUCACUAAUAUUGGUGAUUAUAAUAUCAACGGUUUCACUUCAGAUGUAAACGGAAAUUUAUUCUUCUCAACCCCUAAUGGUAUAUAUGCUAUCGAUAGCAACAAUAAAUCUGUGAAGCAACUAGUUUUAAUAGAUGACAUUUAUGGUGUUGCUGUAGAGCAUAAUGGAAACAUAAUUUAUGCAUCAGAAGAUAGCAUUGUUAGACUAGAACCAACAAAAACACAGCGCUAAAGAAAAUGGUAAUAGCUUCGUAAUGGCAUUAUAAAUAAACGGUCAUUUUCCAUUUAAAUAUUCAAAAUAAGUCUCAAGCGUUUGCUAUAAUGUAAUUGAAUUUAAGAAUUGAGAUAGAAAGUAGUAACUUCAGUACGUGAGUUGAAAAUAAAGUCGUGAUAAUAAAACCCGUUCUGUAGGACUCACAAAGGCUUUGCGCUUCCAACAAACAUAGAUAAUUUAUUGUUAACAGGCGCCAACCUGUACCUAGAAUGUAGGUACUAUUUAGUAACCUGUGGUAUUAUAAUAUUUAUCUUAUGAAAUUGAGUAACCAGAGCAAUUUAUCGGGUAUAUUUUUUAUGAGAUGUGUGCGUAUCAUUUUUUAUCUAAGAGGGGUCUCUCCGUCACUCGCUUCAUACAAACGUAGUUCCAAUUUCAUUUGAAUAUUAAGCAACCAAGGUCCAUGAAAUGAAGACAUAUUCUAAAAAC